AGUACAGAGAAGUAACGAGGUAUGGAGAGUGCAGGAAGAACGAAUAUACACCCAUGCGUGACUUCUGCAAGCAUUUCGUCCCCGGAGGCGAGGAAGGAACGCCCGAGUCCCUGCUCUGCAGUGGCUGUGGCUGCCAUUUGUCUUUCCAUGAAAAAAUCGUGGCGACGUUGAAAAUGGAUGUGGCAAGUGAAAGUUUUAGAUACGGCGAAUGCAAGAAAAACCAUGGGAUGGAUACGGGAGACUACGUCCUCGACGGCUGCGGCGAGUUCAUGGCCGCCGGUGAAGAUGGAUCGCCGGAAUCUUUCUCUUGUGCGGCUUGCGGUUGCCACCGGAGCUUCCACCACAGAGAGUAUUUUUAGUUAAUUUUUUUAAAAAAUAUAUAAUUUUAUGUGAUUUUAAUUUCAUGGAUUGGUUAAUUUGGAGAAUUGUGUGCAUUUUCUUUUUUGCUGUUACUAAUUACACACCGAAACAUCUUUACUUGUACGUCC